AUGGCCACUCGUCAGUCCUCUCGAUUUUCCUCGCGGCAGUUCCUGGUUCCGGCCGUCAUUGCGCUGGCAGCAUGCAGUUCGUCGGCAUCGGCCCAACAGUACCCCAUGGAACCUACCAUGGCGCCCAGCGUCAACUUCGACUACAACCAGGAAGAGCCUACCACUACGACCGCGCCCAGCGUCAACUUCGGAUACCCUGACACUACACCAACGGUGACGGACACGCCGGAGCAGCAAACGAUGGACAACCCCACUCAGGGAGCUACGGAGCCCCCGCAAACGCCUUCGGUUACCACUCCUACCGAGUCGAGCAACGGCGGCACUACUGGUUCACUCCCGACAACCCAAGGCUCAUCAGAUGAAACAAACGGCGGCACUAAUCCGACUACGCAAGGAUCCUCAAGUAACGUCGGAACCACUGGUUCGCUCCCGACGCAAGCCUCCACGGAGGGGUCCAUCGCCCAAGCCCCGUCGACGGGCAACUCCAGCGGCGCCCACGCCACCUUUGGCGACGUCACGUCCGGCAGUGGCAAGUGCGUCGUUGGCAACCCGAACGCCUACAUCUCGACCAAGGACGUGGAAUGGGUCUGGACGCAGCGCAUGAGCAAGUACGUGCCGGAGUUCAAGAACUACAUCUUCGACCAGCUCGUGACCAACAAGGGCAAGCUGCCGUACUGCGUCCGCUGGGACAGCACCAAUAAGCUGUCCAAGUCGGUGGCGUCCAAGUUCGAGGCCAUGCUGAACCGGCAGUUCAAGGCCUGGAACGACGACGACUCGCUCGGCACCAUCUACUCGAGCGAGAAGGACGCGGACGGCGUGCCGCAGUGCCCCGAGGCCUGCUACAAGCACAAGGACUUCGCUGCCAGCGCCGACACGAGCGGCUGCAAGGGCAAGCCGUUCGGCAUGUCGCUGUGGCCUACGCUGGGCCAGGGUGGCGGCGCCGGUGGCGACUGGGGGCAGCGCGUGGACGCGGAGAACAUGUUGGCGAGCCUGGACCAGGAGCAGUUGACGAUCGUGGCGCACGAAAUCGACCAUGGCUUCGGCCUCCCCGACUUCUACGAGACGACGGACCAGCCGAACGAGGACUUCCCGGUCUGCAUCAUGAAGGCCGGCUCUUCGCCGACGAUCACCCCAGGCGAUGGCUGGAUGCUGAGGCGUGUGCUGGAGCACGUCAAGUCCCGCUACAAAUUCUAG